AUGGACUUACCUGUACUCCGAAACGCUGUACGAAACCCGACAGUCAACAAUCACGUCCUGGUCGAGGACGAUGUAAUGCGAUACCAGCAAUACACCAAACAAAUGGCGGGUUUGAGUCGCUACUUGGGUGUCGAGUACAAAAUCCUGCCAGGUUUCCUCCGUCGGGGCGGAGACUAUAUCCUCGAAGUUCUCGCUGGAUACGACGAGAGUUCCUAUAAUGAUCACGCGUUCCGACUAACUGGAAUGUUCAAGGAAGCUGAAGAAAUCUCCGAGGAUGCGGGGGAAAAGGGCUCGGCUACCCUUGGAGGCCUGCAUCCGGCCUACGAUGGCAUGAGAGACCUUGGGAAGGCUAUAAGUAAGGGCGAACAUGUUGAACUUCUUAGCUCGCGCAGCCUCCCAAAGGAUCACCCACUUCUUUUACAAGAAAUGGCAAUGCAAGGCAUUAGAUACUAUCGGCACCAGAAAUACGACCAAGCCAGAGAGUACUACCAGAAAAUUCAUUAUGGAAUUUUGCUUUUCCAAAGUGGUAAAGCGGACGAAGCUUCCGAAAUACUGGAGGCGCUACUCCCCGAGGCAAAGAGAGUUCUUGGGGUAACUGACAAGCAUGUCUCUCACAAACUUAUUUUGCUCUAUUGCCAAGUAGCUCUUAACCUCACUCCUUUGCUUAUCAGUCUUCCCUUCUCCCACGCUGAGCCUCGACAUCACUGCUAGAAGAGACCCACGAUGCGAACCACAAUGAUUCGAUCCAUUCCUCUCCGCUC